AACAUAUGAUCGCCAUUCAUUGGAGCAGAUUUCUUCCAAUUGAAGCAUAAAUAAUAUUAGCUCAUUUAAUCGUAUUUAUAUUACAUAAAACAUGAACAACAUAACUCGUUUAUUAGCAAAUUGUACUUUAAAUACUACCCGCUGCCAUUUAAAAUAUAAUGCUGCCGCUUUAACGGCUGCUAUUCAGUUACGUGGCAAGUGCAAAGUGGUUGAUAAACCCGCACCUGGUGCCGGCCAACAAUUUAGACGAACUGUGCAUUAUCCAGAAGAGUACACUGUAGCGCCACUUAAAAUAACACACUUAGCUGGUCGAGAUCCCGUUACUGGUCGCCUAGUGGCCAAAGGUAUUGGUGGUGGUAUAAAACAAAAAUUUCAUUGGGUGAAAUGGGUGCGGGAUGGUCCAAGUGAAGGUCCGCCACAAGAGGAGCGCGUUUUACAAAUACUCGACGACGGUUGUCGCACGGCGAAAAUAGCACUUGUUGGUGUUGGAGAUGAACUUAAAUAUAUAUUGGCAACAGAAAAUAUGAAGGUAGGGGAUAUAAUCAAAACAUCACGAGUUAUACCACGUAUACCAGUGCGUCCAAAUGAAGGUGAUGCCUAUCCACUUGGCGCUUUACCAGUUGGCACACGCAUACAUAAUCUUGAGAAAAACCCGGGGUAUCCUUUUCACUUAAUACACUCCGCUGGUACAUAUGGAACCAUAUUGAGAAAGUUCGAUGAUAAAGUCGUAGUUCAAUUACCAUCAAAGCGUGAAUUUGCAUUUGAUCGUAUAUGUAUGGCAACAGUUGGUCGUUUAUCGAAUAUUGAACAUAAUAAGGAACAUAUCGGCAGCGCACAACGUAUGCGUCUAUUGGGUAAUCGUCCCCGUUCAGGAUUAUGGAAACGAAAGGAAGGCAAACAUGGACGCAAAAUCCGUAAAUUACCACCUAUGUCAUUAGCAACGCCACCACCCAAGAAAAAGGAAGAAAUUAUUCAAUUAACAUUAAAUUUAUAAAAGAUUGAAGUUUUUGCCAAAUUCCGAAUUGUGUUGUUAUUAAAGUUUAUUGAACAAA